UGCUCGCAGUCGUUAGUGCAUGUGUCGAAAGUUUUGCUCUAACUUCAAUAUGCACACUAGCCAACAUAUCCUUUAACAGUGGAAAACACAAUUGAACAGUGUAAAAAAAUGUAAUUUCUACUUAAAAUAAACUAAUGCUUUGCUAUUAUUAUACUUUACUCAACAUGGAAAAACAAUUGCUGUUAGUCGGUAUUUAAAACGACAGACGAAAGACACGUUGGGUGAAGAAAUGGCAAUGCAAUGUAGACAAAGGCAUGUGUGAUCAAUAACUACCUAGUGCCAGUCACACCUGGUGACUAUUUGACAAAAUAACUUUUCGACACUUAGUCACUUCUUAUGGUCCGAUCCAGGUUAUUCUAAAUUCUUGAUAUACAUUUCUAUGGUAAUCAAAAGAUUAAAGUGCGUGUGCCAGUGAGUACGUGCAUCGUAUUGUUCGACCGCAAAUAAGUAACACUGCGAUUAGGAACAAUUAACACAAUGGGCCUCUUCGACAAGCUGGCCAGCAUGCUGAAGAUCAAAAAGGAACAGAUCAACAUACUGGUAGUAGGAUUAAACAACAGUGGAAAAUCGACCAUUGUUAAUCAUUUUAAGAAUCCGGACGAACGGAACUCAAUAAUAGUGCCGACAGUUGGUUUUAGCGUAGAGCGAUUUCAAAAUCAAGGAGUCUUCUUCACCGCAUUCGACAUGUCCGGAGCCACCCGGUAUCGAAGCCUUUGGGAACACCAUUUUAAAUCCUGCCAGGGCAUCGUUUUCGUUAUUGACUCGAGUGAUCGAAUGCGCUUAGUGGUGGUCAAGGAUGAGUUAGAGAUUCUGAUACAGCAUCCGGACAUCGCCAAUCGCCGGGUACCAAUUCUUUUCUUCGCCAACAAGAUGGACUGUGCCGAUGCCCUAAGCAGCGUGAAGAUUGCCGCAGGUCUCGGACUAGAAAAAAUUAAGGAUAAACCGUGGCACAUCAGCUCGAGCAAUGCGCUUACGGGUGAGGGCUUACAAGACGGUGUACAGUGGAUGGUGCAUCAGAUAAGGGAGUGCGUUGCCAGCUCCAAGAACGGCAAUUGAAGACUUUUUCUGCAAAUCGCAGCAUACAAAUAAAAAUUAAAAAAAAAUAAAGAUGUCUCUUAGACAAUGUUUAUUUCUGAUUUCAGAAUUUUCGACCUAAGUAAGUUCUUGAAUAAUGUACAUGUUCUCCC